AUGUUGGUGCCUAGUACCAAGUUCGUGUGUAUCCAGGAGUCUCAAGAAUCCCUAAAUAGGAUAAGAGAUAGGAUAGUAAAACCAUACCAUGCUAACUGUGGACCCGGCCUGCGGACCCGGCCAGGGGACCCGGCCUGCGGACCCGGCCUGCGGACCCGGCCUGCGGACCCGGCCUGCGGACCCGGCCUGCGGACCCGGCCUGCGGACCCGGCCAGGGGACCCGGCCUGCGGACCCGGCCACCGAACCCGGCCACCGGACCCGGCCAGCCGACACCCGGCCUGCGGUCCCGGCCAGGGACCCGGCCAGGGGACCCGGCCUGCGGACCCGGCCUGCGGACCCGGCCUGCGGACCCGGCCAGGGGACCCGGCCUGCGGACCCGGCCACCGGACCCGGCCACCGGACCCGGCCAGCCGACACGACUAUUAUACCUGGCCGUUGGAGCCGGCCAGAGGUCCAAGGCAAAAGGAGUAAGUUGA